CCUGUUUCUCUGACUCAGAUCGGAACGGCUGUGCUGAGAGGGGGCUAGCCGAGCUGCGCUGCAUCGAUGCUCGGGCUGUUGGACAAAAUCAAAAGCAAGAACAGAAAAAGGCUGAUAUCCAAAGAUGGAUGGGUUUGCGGGGGACAUGCUGAGCGGCGGCCGGGCGCUGCUCGGCGAGGACAGCUCGGUGAUGGCUCGCAUGCAGAAGAAGUUCUGGAAGACCAAGCAGGUCCUCAUCAAAGCCACUGGCAAGAAGGAGGACGAGUACGUAGUGGCCUCAGACGCUGACCUGGAUGCCAAGCUCGAGUUUUUCCGCUCGGUUCAGUCCACGUGCACAGAGCUGCUGAAGGUGAUCGAGAAGUACCAGCACAGGAUCACACGCUUGUCUCAGGAGGAAAACGAGCUCGGCAUGUUCCUGCGUUUCCAGGCCGAACACGAUCGCACGAAGGCUGGCAACAUGAUGGACGCCACCAGCAAGGCCCUGUGCACCUCCGCCAAGCAGAGGAUGGCGCUGUGCCCGCCGCUGCACCGCUUGCAGCAGGAAGUGGAGACCUUCCGGCGGCGCGCCAUCGCUGACACGCUGCUGACUGUCAGCCGUAUGGAGAAGGCCCGCACCGAGUACAGAGGAGCUCUGCUCUGGAUGAAAGACGUCUCCCAAGAACUGGACCCAGACACCUACAAACAGCUGGAAAAGUUCCGCAAGGUGCAAGCACAGGUCAGAGGGACGAAGGGCCAGUUUGAGAAGCUGAAGAAUGAUGUUUGUCAGAAGGUCGACAUGCUGGGAGCGAGCCGCUGCAACAUGCUUUCACACUCCCUCUGUACCUAUCAGACCACUCUGCUGCAGUUCUGGGAGAAGACGGCCCACUCCAUGUCGGGCAUCCACGAGGCCUUCCAAGGACACGUACCAUACCAGUUCACUACGCUCAAGGACCUGCGAGACCCACUGGAGGAAAUCACAGACUUACAGGAACAAGAGGAUAAGAAGGAGAAGGCUCUACAGAGCAACACAGACAGUCUGGUGUCCUUGGAUGACGACAAGCCAGCAGGAAGUGCCUCCGACACAGAUCCCGCCCACAGCAGUGAUGGACAGAGACAAACCAGUGACAGUGUGCCCCAGAACACUACCACACCUGAUCUUGCCCCGCACGGCCUAAGAGGACCAUCAGGGGGCCCCGGUCCUGAUGACCUGAUGCUCCUGGGCUGUAAUCUGCCACAGUCGCAGCUCCCAGCCCAAGCAAACAUCCCUCUCCAGGCUCAGCUCCAGGGUGGAGACCCCAGAGAGCUCUGGGGCUUUGGAAGCCUCCAGUCCAGCCUCUCCCAGCUGCCCGCCACCGGUGGCUCCCUGACAGGGCUCAGACCGGAGGAGGAGGAUGGUGAACGGGGGGACAUGGCUUUCCUUAAAGACCUCCUCAGUCCGGGCCCAGGGGCCAGCGACGAGUUCAGCAGGGAGUGGCAGGACGCUUUUGGCCUGUUUGAACCUCCCAGCGUCUCUCCGUCGAGCUCUGGAGCAGCAGGUAGUGGGCCGGUGGCACGUCCGCCCUCGAACCCGCCGAGCCCCACAGGCUUCCUGCCCUCCCAGCUGCUGGAUCACAGUCUGAGUGCUACAGGCUGGGCAACCCCACCUAUGUUCCAGGCUCCGCCCCUGCAGCCUCCUCCUGGUCAGAGCCAAUCAGCUCAGCUGGCUGCAAGUUCAGCAGCCAAUGCUGCUGCAGGUGGAUCCAAAGACAUGUCUGCCUGGUUCAACCUGUUCGCAGACCUGGACCCCCUCUCCAACCCCGACGCCAUUGGACGCUCCGCCGACGAGCUGCUCAACGCCUGAACCCCUGUCUGUCUCUCUCUCUCUCUCUCUCUGACUGUGCGUGUGCGUGCGUGCGUGCAUGCAUGUGCGUGUGUGUGUGUGAGAAUGGUUUCUCUGGAUCUAGAUAUAUCUAGAUAUCAGUAGUCAAAGAAGACACAUUAACAGUGAAAAACACUGCUCACACACACACACACACACACAAACAUUCUCCUGCAUUUCUGUCGGCAGGAAAGGUGUGUACGUAUCAAAUACACACUCCUCUUGUGUUACACUGGAAGAUGUUAUUUUACGCAGGAAAAGGAAAACACUGUCUCCUCAGCGGCUCUCUGUACCUGACUGUUAACACCACACAUGAAGCCGCUGACUCCUUAGUACACAACAAACCUCACAUGGCCCGUGUUACCGCUCGCUUUCAGUUAUUGCAGCGUCUGUCGAGUGUUUGCCUGACAGCUUUAUUUUGGAGGGCGUCGCGUGUUUGGUUUUUUCCCCGUGUUUUAUUCAUGUUUGUGUUUGGGUGUGUGUGUUUGCUGUGUGUGUACGCGACAAAGGACCCAGGAUGUAAUAAAACCUCUAUUUACUGCUCAGCUACGUUUCAACAUGGUAGCACAUGAUUGUCACAUAUGAAUGCAGAGCGUACAGUCUGUACUGUAUAUAUAGGGCAUAGUUUGUAUGAGAUAAGAUGGGACCCUGAGCCUGUAUUUGCACACAAAGACAACAGCGGCGUGAGGCUCAAGCUGCACACAGGUGCCUGUAUCACAAACCAACACGAGUCUUAAUUUGGAGUUUCUUGUUUCACAAUGCUGACUUAUUUUUAACCAUGCUGGAUGAGUAAAUGGAGCCCACUGGAGCACGUUUGGUCUAAAAAAUGGAUCAAAAUGUAUGAAGAGCUUCAUUAGUCAGAAUGCUGAGAAAUGGAGUCAUCUGUCCCACAGAAUCCUGACAUGCACACAAGUGCUGAGUUUUGUGAUUGACCAGCAGAUUAACUGUAAAGAGUCUGCAGCCGAGCCAGCAGCUCUUUGAGGCUGCACUCAAGCUAAACGCUAUCAUCGGCAUGCUCAGAUGCACACAGUGACAAUGCUAACAUGCUGAUGUUUAGUUGGUAGAGGGUCAAUCAUGCUGGGAGUUGUUUUCUUGCCUUACUUUACUCGAACAGUUUUUAUUUUCCAUGAGUUUGUUCACCACGUGACAAAAACACUAAAAUUUCACUAUGCAAAGUGUGUGAGCUCACUGAGCCAGCUGAUCAGCAGCUCCAGGAUCACUGACGCUUGCUUUGUGAUACAGACCCCUGCACAAACUCGUAAACUUUAAGUCUCCACCAGUUGACGAUCAAUAAUGUGAAGCUUUAUUGAUCUCUGUAGGGAAAUUCUCCGUUUUCUGUUAAGGAUUCAGUCUAAAGGCCACAGUGGACACAGUGGCCGCCUCGUCUCAGCACAGGACUCCUCACUUUCAUCCCCUCACCUUUGGCCCAGAUUCUUCUCUCUGAUUGGGUAAAAAUAGGAUGCAUUUGAAAUCAUCUUCAGUCCCGUCUGUCGUUUCACAAUCACGAGUCCAAGGCCAGUGUGAAGGAUGCCAGUUAUUUUGUUCUCAUUUUCUCCUGAAGGAAGUUUUAAAGUAGGACACAGGAAUUAGAUUAUUUUUGGGGUGGGUGGGUUAUUUAAAUCCUGUUAAUCUGCAAGUAAACGCCGCCAAAGGUGCAUUGAAAUGUAUUCAUUUUCAGAUCACAUCACUAUUUGCAAUUUUUUGUGCAGCACACUGAAAAAAGAUAACGCUAUAAAAUAACACUGUAAAAUAUUGUCUGUUUUGAGCUGUGUGUGUUUUGUCCUUUGAGAGUUCACACGUGGAUUCUGGAUUUGUUUUACGGGAAAAGAGUCAACACUGAAGAACUGUUACCACGCUGUAAAAUCCAUCUCUUACCUGAUGUUUGUUUUUGAGGGAAAAGAAACAACCUAGACUGACGUUUUUGAAUGUUUCCGAAUUGUUUUAGCGAAGAGUUGUGUCGACUUUCUAAGAUGCAUUUUGGAUGAUAUACCUGAGUUGUUGAGAUGUGCAUAUGGCGUCAACACACAACAACUUAAACCAAAUCCUCUAUUCUGACAUUUGCUUGCCUGGGUAACUCGCACUCAGCGGCACUAAGGUGAUCAGAGUGCAUCAUGGGAAAAAAUUGUUGUAUUUUGUGAGUCUCAGAAAAACACUUUUUAUACAAACUGCACAUUAGUAUCAUUUAAUUCUUGUUUUUAACGUGACACGUGUUGCACUGCAUUAGUGUUUCUGUCACAUCAUGUAUUAAACUGUUUACUCUUCAUUUAGACACAAAAAAAAUGUAUAAAGUCAAUCACAAACGCUUUAUUUAAUUCAACUAUGCCUUUUUAUUUCACUCGAGGGGUUUAACAGAUGAAAACUUGGCAGUUCUGUUUCCAAUAAACUGGACAAGCAAACAAAGA